GGGAAUCAGGCGCAGCGCGUCAUCCAUAUCUCAUCCAAAUUUCUCUUUGGCAGGUAGGUACCGACCGCUCAGUCAUCCAAUAAGUCAUAUAAAAUCCAUUGUCUCCUGUUUCUCUCCUUUCUCCUCCAUCCACGCAGUACACAACAUCAACUCAACUCAACCGUCCAUACAUUUCCAAACUCCUCUCCACUAUAACCACUCAACUCCUCAUCCAACAGAAAUCUCCAUUCCACCCUUCUGUACAACCAAAAAAAGAACUCUCCACACAAAAAAUGGCACCCAUCUUACCAAUCAUGCGCAUGGUGACCCAACGCCGCGCCCUCUCCAUCUUCUCGCGCGCCCGCGCACUGGUACGAACAAUGGAGCCACACCCAUUCGAGCGGUUGCCACUUGCACAAAAGACAGCCAAGGCGGACUGGGGCAAGCAAAUCAAGCACGUGGGAGACGCUGCCAUGUUUUAUUUCCCAGCCUUUGGAAUCUUUCUCGGCUGGCCGUUGCUCGCAGAGAAGUUCGUCGAUGGACACAUUGGCGACUACUGACUCACGCCGGUCGACGAAUUUGAUUCUUGUACAGUACAUACCAUGGCGCAUGACUUUUGGAGCCGAGAGUUUGGGAUGCAUCUUUGGCGUUUGGGGGGAUCGGAUCCCGGAAUCCAUUUCGGGGAAAGCAGGAAAGGAGAAAGUGCUGCACUUGUUUGCGCACCGAAAUAUUGGCACAUAGACAGCGGCCUGAUGGAAAACAGAACAGAAUAGAGAUGAAAAAACAUACCCAUAUACCCGUACCUGCUUUCUCACCACCCACCAGCUGCACACCAUAUGUAAUGAUCUGCAUGAGUCCAUCUCACUCACAAUAUAUCCCCCUCUUUCAUAUCUCC